AUGACGUCAAAUUGGGCUCUACGAUUGGACGUUCUGGAGCUCAGGGUUUUCUGGUUGCAUUUCGUGACCUCCGAACCUAAUUGGCAGGGGUCCAGGGGCUGCCCACGGCUCCGUUCCCGCCUUCUCACACUUCCGACCUACAUUCCUCGUGUCCUUUCUCCGACUUGCACGAUCCAGAACCCGCAUGUCGUGCAGAAAAUGCCCGAUCCCAAGUCCUCGGAUGCUGCCGACAACAGUAGCGGCAGCCAACAGGGUCGUCGAUUGAAGCUCCCGGCCUGGUUGGACCACUUCAAUGUGCGCGACUUGAAGGUACUCUUUCGCUGCUGGGCCGCGGCCUGGGUGGCCUCGCUGCUGAUAUUCAUCGGGCCAGCCUUACACCAGAUCGGCAUCGCGACCUUCUUCGGGGCGUUGGUGCUAUACAUCGUGCCCCCAGCAGGAAUCCUGUUCGUCUACUUGCUGGCAGCGCUGUCGCUCCUCUUUGGCAUGUGUCUCGCGUGGGCCUGGGGCCUCCUCACUAUGAAAGCCGCCUUAGCGGCACGACCAGACGCACAAACGAAGGCGAUGGUACAGGCAUUGCAACAGCAAGCGGUCGCGAUCGGCAAUCAAACUGGCACGAAUCCAGCCGCAGAGGCGAAAAUCCUCGUGUACGAUGGCUUCAUGCUCGAUGCCCGCGUCACUGUUGUCUUCUACGUCAUGAUCUGUGCUUUCGUCUAUUUUAUGUCUCGUGUUCGUGUCGCCAAUCCGAAAUUUGCCUUGGCGCAGAUCUUCGGCAUCAUCAUCGCAGACCUCUUUCUACUCUUCGGGCCCAGUUUACCAUCCUUCACCGCUUCCUUGCCGGAGGUUCUCAUUAAACCAGGCGCCAUCGGCAUUGGCCUGGGCUUUGCCUGUUGUUUGGUCUUCUUUCCGCAGUCGACAUCGUUUGUGACCCUCACGCAAAUGGAGCAACUCGUCCGUCUGGGAGAAACCCCGCUGAAGUACACCCGGCAAAAGUUUGCAGGUCAAUCCCUCGAUCUGCAGCAGCUGACGGCGACCAAAGCGAAAAUCAUCGGAGCAUUCAAAGCCAUGCAACCGUCAUUGGCCUUUCUGCCCCUGGACUUCUCCCGUGGCCGCUGGAGCUCAGAUGACAUAAAAACGCUACAAGAGCCCCUGCGACAGGCCAUUCUGUCCGCCGUGUCAUUGAUGGACUACCACAUUACCCUCCUAAGAGCUGAUCGAAAGCUCCAAGAAAUCAAGCCACUCUCUCAACAGGGAUCUGACAAAAGCGACGUGCAGGAAAAACGAGCCCACGAGGUCGGACAGUAUCAGCUACAGGAGAGCGCAGAUGUACUACAAGCAUUGAACAGUCCCGAGCACGGGGCUUCUCGCGCCCGCACACUCGACGCAUUGAAAAGAUCAACCACUGAACUGCUUGAAUUGUGCUCGGAAACGAGCGAACUCAUUGUGCAGUGUCUUCACGCGGUCAAUUCUAGCCGAUGGUUUCGUCGAGCCGCAUCGCGAAACCACCUGGAUGAGCUUGUGACGAGAGCGGGUAGCGUAUUGCAGACGUUACAGUCAACCCGAUCAUCAUGUGCAACGGAGACCACUGAAGCGCUUCUUGAUAGUCAUGCUGAUUUAUUUGAUGAAAAUGGUCAGCUGAAAUCGGCCGAAAGUUUAGGACCCCAUGCCCUCCGCGGGAUAAUACUUGGAAUGGUAAUGGAGGAACGCAUCCUCGGCACCGCAGAGACUUUAGAACGGCUCCUGGCCCAGGUCCACCGCUUAAUGCAAGCGCGCACUAAGGAACGCAUCUGGAUUCCCUCGGGCCUGCGCUACGCUUUCCGCUGGCUGGUCAACCCACGCCAAAAGGCGCCCGCAGAAGAUCUCGCCGCGGCCCCUGCGACCGACCCUGACGAUGCUGAAGAGCAAGCCAAAGAGGCGCAUCGACGGCUAAAGGUCAGCCGCGGCUACGGAAGGCCUAUCCCACGAGGCCUGUUGGCGAGAGCGCUUACCGGCUUUUAUCACUGGUUCACGAAUCCCGGCGGAAUGUAUGCACUGCGCAUGGUCGUCGUCACGAUCGCGACGGCAAUACCUGCUUCGAUUCCGCAUAGCGCUGGGUUCUACUACCGGGAGAAAGGUAUCUGGGCUCUGAUCACCGCCCAGACCACCUUGCUUGUGUACAUGGGCGAUUUCACCGUAUCGCUCGUUGGUCGCACGAUUGGCACGGUCGUCGGGGGUGUGAUGGGCAUGGUCGCCUGGUACAUUGGGGCUGGCAAUGGGCCCGGGAAUGCCUAUGGCCUGUCUGCAAUUACGGCGGCGAUGACCGCCAUAUUGAUGUGGUGGCGUUUGUUCCUGCCUCCAAUCUUCACCAUGGCGGCCAUCAUGGGUGGCGCCACAUUCAUCUUGGUCGUCGGCUUCAGUUACGACGACACGCACACAUGGCAGUAUGGUUUACCGGGACACGGCUACGAAGCAUUUUGGAAGCGACUCGUCACGGUGCUGCUAGGCUUCGCUGCCGCAUUCAUCGUCCAGAUAUUUCCCCGUCCGCCCUCUGCAACACGACAUAUUUGCAAGACAUUAUCCAACACCAUCCGCACGCUCUCUGAUCACUAUGCUCUCUUACUAUCUCACUGGGGUCGGCCAGAAGCCAAUAGCCCCAUAGGCGCUGUAGCCGAGAAGAUCGCCGUCGACGUCGCAGAAACCCUCCUCUCCAUCCAAGGCUCCAUCGGCCUCCUAAAAUUUGAAAUGACACUCGGUCCGUUCCACCGAGAAGCAUUGGCAAACAUGCACGUCCUCUGCCAGGACAUGAACCAAGCCCUCGGUCGAUUACUCAUUCUAUCCACCAGUCUCCCACAGCACUUCCAGGAACGAUUUGCCCAGAACGUGGGCCUGCUCAACGACCAUCACAUUGGCGAUAUCAUGGCAGUAUUGAGUGUCAUCGAACAGGCACUGAAAUCCGGCCUUCCUCUGCCGGAACGCUUGCCAACGCCGUUGGUGAAGCGGUGUUUCGAACAGUGGUAUGCGCAGCACCGUGCUGCAGAGUUGAGCACGACCCUGGUGCGCGAUGAGAAUUACCGGCGGUACUGUGUGGCCAUCAGUUCGUAUUUAAAGUUUUUAUCGGCUGUUGAUGACAUGGUGUUGGUAUUGAAGGGUACUUUGGGAGAGUCCCACUUGAUUGAGCGGUGGCAGGGUGAGGCGCUGGUUUGA